AUGGAGCAAGACCAGACUCGCAGCGACAAGCCAGGGCGCCCGCCCGCUCAAUCGGUCCUCCACGAGGUACGGACCGCCGAAAACAGCGCUGCUUACUUGCUGCCCAAGCUGCAGUCCAUGAAAGAAACAAAUUCGCAUUUGUCGCUGUUGGACGUCGGCGCCGGCUCCGGCACCAUCUCCGUGAGUUUCGCAAAGCUCAUCCCCGACGGCCACGUUACCGGCAUUGACCUCAACCCCAACAUCCUGCCACGGGCACAGGCUGUCGCCGAAAUGGCCGGCGUCAAAAACAUCGACUUCCAGCAGGGCAGUGUGUUCAAGCUCCCCUUUGCCGACGAGACGUUCGACAUCACCUGUUGCCAUCAGGUGCUGAUCCACAUUGGAACCCCGUGGGACGGACUGCGAGAAAUGCUCCGAGUGACAAAGCGAGGCGGCAUCGUCGCGGCUCGCGAGGGCGACUACGAGACCGAAUGCGUCUGGCCGGAAUCCCCUGAGCUCUCCAAGUUCCACAAGCUCAUGGCAGGCAUGAUGAGUGCCGGCGGCGGCACGCCAACGGCAGGCCGACAGCUGCUUUCUUGGGCACUCAAGGCUGGUGCCGAGCCCAGCCAGGUCACGCUCAGCUAUAGUCCAUCGUCCUACGAUACACCUAGCGGGAGGAAAAUCUGCUCCCAGGGGUUGUGUGAACAGCUCAGAGGGGGUGGCUUGCGCGCGAAAGCCCUCAAGUUCGGUCUAGGUUCUGAAGAGGAUUUUGCAAAAAUGGCCAAGGCUUGGGAGGAGUGGGCAGAGAGAGAUGAUUCCAGCCUCGCCAUGUUGCACGGAGAGAUUCUUGUCCAAAAGUAA